AUGGCUGCAUCGUCUUCCACAACGGGAAACCUCCUGCCCUUCCAGCCCUUUUCUCUUCCAGCAUCCAACCAGCGAACCCUGGGCGAGCCACACGCUCCGGGAACAGUGAUCCCUUUGGCUCUGCAACUUUCGCCCGAACGCGCUGCUGGGCAUGAUGCCACGUCUUCACUCGAUGCUGUAGUAACAACAAUCAAACAACUCGCAGACCGAGGGGACCUAGACGCCGCCCUCCGCCGCCAUGGAACUCUGCUUUUCCGCGGCCUUCCUAUUCAGAAAGCCGAUGACUUUAGCAGGUUUGCGCAUGCUUUUGGAUACAAGCCUCAUGAGAUUAUUGGCAUUGUGGUCGACCGCCCUCUUCUGGCCAAGAACGUGGCUCCGGCGAACGAGUCUGCAUUGACGACUACGAUUGGAAGUCAUAAUGAGUCGCCUCAGGUUCCGCAUGCCCCGGCGUACAUCUUCUUCUACGCUCACAGAGUGCCCGAGAAAGGAGGCGAAACCCCGAUCGGAUCUUCCCUGGAAAUUUUCAACAAGGUCAACCAGGAGGUUCCGGAAUUCAUCCAAGAACUUGCCGAGAAGGGCGUUAAACAAACGACAAUCUACAAACCCAACGCUCAGUACAAAGGCGGCAGCACUCUGAAACAAGCCUUUGGCAAACUGAUCAAUGAUGAAGAUAGCGAUGAAGUGAAAAGGCAAAAAAUCGAAGACCAGAUCCGCCGCUACAAUCGGCCUGCAGAGUACACAAGCUGGCAAUGGAACGAAGACGGCGGUAUAACCCUCGAGCACAUUCUGCCCGCCAUCAGAACCCAGCCUGGAACCGGCAUACCGGGGUUUUUCACUUCACUUGCCGCCCAAUACGCGCAGAAGAAGCGAACUCCCGAUGCCGAACGACUCAGAACGGUCAGAGAUACGACCUAUGGAGACGGGUCUGCCAUCCCGGAACGGUACCUGGAUGUCCUGCUUCGAGUCACCGAGGAGACGCGCGUACUACACAAGUGGCAGCGGGGAGAUGUUUUGGUGUAUGAUAAUAGGAUUGCCCAGCACGGACGAGAGCCCUGGGAGGGGAAGCAGGAGGAUCGACAGGUUUUUGCAUCACUAUGGGACGGCGAGCUUCCGGGUGCAUAUGGAACAGCAGCAUUCGCACAGGUGGUGCCUGCACUCCCGGAUAUACAGGUGUAA